CUGGCCGCUGCACAGCCCUCAGCAGAGGAUUCGGACACAGAGGACGACUCUGAAGCUGAACAAACUGAAAGGAACAUUCACCCCACUACAAUGAUGUUUACCAGCACUAUUAACUUACUGCAGACUCUUUGUCUGCCUGCCAUAGUUCAUGCUGAGAUCAUGCAGAGCGAAGCCACCAAGACUUUAUGCGGACUGCUGCAAAUAUUAGUGGAAAGCAGAACGACGGAGAAGACACCUUCUCCAAACAGGCUGGUGUACAGGGAGCAACACCGGCGCUGGUGCAUGCUGGGGUUUUUGCGGAGCAUCGCUCUCACGCCGCAGGUGUGCGGCGCCCUCAGCUCCCCGCAGUGGAUCACACUGCUCAUGAAGGUCAUGGAAGGGCACGCACCCUUCACUGCCGCCUCGCUGCAGAGGCAGAUCUUAGCUGUGCAUUUGUUGCAAGCAGUCCUUCCGUCAUGGGACAAGACCGAAAGGGCGAGGGACAUGAAAUGCCUGGUGGAGAAGCUGUUUGACUUCUUGGGGAGCUUGCUCACUACCUGCUCCUCUGACGUGCCAUUACUCAGAGGUGGGUGGCCGUCUCCCUUCCCUGUGCCCUGGUGA